GUAAAGUUUGAAGUUAGAUUCUAAUUAAGUUCUUAAUUUCUUAUUAUUUUUUGGAAAACUUAAUAAGCUUUUCAUUUUGUAUUGGUGUUAAAUUUAACUAUUUAUUUCCACAAUUGUUUUUAAUAUAUAAUAAUUAUCAUAAAUAAGUAAACUUGUAAUACGUUGCUCUAAAAUUUGGACUGGUUUUGUCAUAGAUUAAAGAACAUCAGCAAUUAGUUUUUUUGAUACCUUUCUUAUUUUUGAUCAAAAUGCCUGGAAUAGGAAAAAUGUCUCUUGAUAACAUGUUUUGCACAAGAUGUGGUGAUGGGUUUGAGACUAAUGAAAAAAUUGUCAAUUCCAAUGGUGAACUGUGGCAUACAAACUGUUUUGUGUGUGCCCAAUGUUUUCGAGUUUUUCCUGAUGGAGUAUAUUAUGAUUUUGAAGGCCGUAAGUACUGUGAACGAGACUUUCAAGUGUUAUUUGCACCAUGCUGUGGCAAAUGUCGUGAAUUUGUUAUUGGUCGGGUAAUAAAGGCUAUGAAUGCUAACUGGCAUCCUGCAUGUUUCCGCUGUGAGGAGUGCAACAUGGAACUGGCUGAUGCUGGUUUCAUCAAGAAUGCUGGCCGUGCUCUUUGCCAUGGUUGUAACACACGUAUUAAAGCGGAUGGAUUACAAAAUUAUAUGUGCCAUAAAUGCCAUGGUGUGAUAGAUGGUGAACCUCUGCGUUACCGUGGCGAAGUUUAUCAUGGUUAUCACUUCACUUGCGCCACUUGUGGAGUAGAACUGGAUCAUACGGCGCGCGAGGUCAAAAACCGGCCUGGGUACGCCGCUAAUGAUGUGAACAAUCUAUUCUGCCUACGUUGUCACGACAAAAUGGGUAUUCCGAUUUGUGGCGCAUGUCGUCGACCCAUAGAAGAAAGGAUUGUCACCGCUUUGGGCAAACAUUGGCAUGUUGAGCACUUCGUGUGCGCAAAAUGCGAGAAGCCCUUCCACGGACAUCGUCAUUACGAGAAGAAAGGCCUGGCCUAUUGCGAGCAGCAUUACCACCAGCUGUUUGGCAACCUCUGCUACGUCUGCAACCAGGUCAUCGCUGGAGACGUAUUCACUGCGCUAAACAAAGCAUGGUGCGUACACCAUUUCUCGUGUUCCGUAUGUGAUACGGCCUUGAGCACGCGCAGUAAGUUCUACGAAUAUGACGAGCGUCCCGCCUGUCGCCGAUGCUACGAACGAUUUCCCGCCGAAUUGAGGCGACGAUUGCGACGCGCACACCAUUACACACUGCGCAGGAACUAAGACACAGACAGAUCAUAAAUUUACCUGCCUUAAACAAAAACGAUGCAACAUGCAUGUCACGUGACCAAUUUCAUACAAUUUGCAGAUAGGCCUGUCGCAAAGUAUUUUUGUCUAAGGCCCAGUAAUACAAGACAAAUAUACCACUCUCAUUUGAUGUUUUUGAACUCGACUUAAAUAAAUUUUUUGACCUAUGCACUCUUACUUGAGAAAUUAAAAACUAACAUUUCCUCAUACAAAAUCACUGAUAGUUGAUUUCAACAAACCGUUAAUAAAAUUGGUUUUAAACAGUUACUUAACUUCAAACUUUCGACCUUGAAUCUUGUUAGAUAAUCGCUAACUUGACAAAUCGGUUACCUAAAUAGUUCCAAGGUUUUACAUAUUCUUUCUUAUUUAAUAAAAUUUUAUUAUCUUUGUAGUGUGUAGUGAAUUCUAAAUGUCUACCAUGCUUUAAAUUUAGUUCUAUUAUUUUCUUAAAAAUAUAAUACAAAA